AAAAGAUAUUAUUACAUAUAAAGAAAAAAAUCCAAAUAUCAGUCAUGUCGACCUCGUCAGUUGGGAUAAUGUUGGAGACAAUCUAUCUGCAAAAAGGCAGAAAACAGUACAGUAUCCAGAUCUUGAAAAUGCAUUACUCGAUCUCAAAUUCUCGCAUAGCUGGUUGUUUAAAUUUAAAAAAAAACAUGGCAUAAACCAAAUAACAAAACAUAGUGAGGAUGCAUCUGUGGAUGACACUGUUAUUGUGACUGCAAUUCCUAAAUUAAAAGAAAU